AUGACUACAGGUCCUAUUGAAAAAGCUACUUUUGCUGCUGGUUGUUUCUGGGGUGUUGAACAUAUUUACAACAAACAUUUCAAAGACCUUGGUAUUGAAACCAAGGUAGGCUAUAUGGGUGGUGAACUCGAAAACCCUACUUAUAAACAAGUCAAGACGGGUACAACAAACCAUGCUGAAGUAUGUCAAAUUCUGUUUGAUCCUUCCAAGGUUUCUUUUGAAACAUUAACUGAAUUCUUUUACAAGAUGCAUGAUCCUACCACAUUAAAUGCUCAAGGUCCCGAAGAUAUUGGUACUCAAUAUCGCUCUGCCAUCUUUUAUCACAGUGAUGAACAAAAAGCCAUUGCUGAAAAAGUCACAAAAGAAGUGCAAGAAAAGCAUUAUGCUGAUACCAAGAUUGUCACUGAAAUUACACCUGCUGCUACUUUUUAUGAUGCUGAAGAAUACCAUCAAUUCUAUUUAGAAAGAAACCCUGAAGGUUACGCUUGUCCUACACAUUACCUUCGUUGGUAA